AAAAGAGACACAUCAGAUCAUCAGAGAGAGCUUUUUGGUCUGAUCAGAGGAGUGACUCUGUGGCGGACUAUGGCCGCUUUCUUACAAGCCGCCGUUACCCCCGUGCAAUCCACUAGGCUGGUUACGCCCACCAGCUCCGCCGCAAAGCUCCGGACUUCUUCUCAGAGUGUCUCUAAAUGCUUUGGCGUCAACACGGUGGCGAGCCGUGUCUCUUGCUCCCUCCACAACGAUCUCAAGAACUUAAGUCAGAGUUGUGUUGACGCUACUAAGAUCGCCGGUUUUGCACUCGCCACCUCUGCUCUUCUCGUCUCGGGGGCAAACGCAGAAGGAGUGCCAAAGAGGCUAACUUAUAAAGAGAUUCAGAGCAAGACUUACAUGGAAGUGAAAGGAACAGGGACUGCAAAUCAAUGUCCAACCAUUGAAGGUGGUGUGGACUCAUUCUCCAUAAAGCCAGGCAAAUACUACGCCAGGAAGUUUUGCUUAGAGCCAACUUCAUUCACCGUCAAAGCAGAAGGAGUUAGCAAGAACUCCACGCCUGAUUUCCAAAACACAAAGCUCAUGACUCGUCUUACCUACACACUCGAUGAAAUCGAAGGCCCUUUCGAAGUAGCUUCUGAUGGAAAGGUGAAGUUUAUAGAGAAAGACGGUAUUGAUUACGCUGCAGUGACUGUACAACUUCCCGGUGGGGAGCGUGUACCGUUCUUGUUCACGAUCAAGCAGCUCGUGGCAUCAGGUAGACCAGAGAGCUUUGGAGGAGAUUUCUUGGUGCCAUCUUAUAGAGGCUCGUCUUUCUUGGAUCCUAAAGGCCGUGGUGGCUCUACUGGAUACGACAAUGCGGUUGCAUUACCUGCUAGAGGAGACGACGAGGAGCUAUCUAAGGAGAACAACAAAGACACAACUGCUUCACUUGGUAAGAUCACAUUUAGUGUCACAAAGAGUAAUCCCAAGACCCGUGAAGUGAUCGGUGUUUUCGAGAGUAUUCAGCCUUCGGAUACCGAUUUGGGUGCCAAGAAUCCUAAGGAUGUCAAGAUUCAAGGAAUCUGGUAUGCCCAACUUGAGGAAUAAAAACAUAGAUUAUCUAGAGAAUCUGUUUGUCUGUAAAUGUUAUGAUUAAAGAUUAUUGAUUCCAGUUCAUAAGCACAUGUUGAACUCCAUUAGGUAAACACUAUACUAUAAUUUAGCUGUUGCACUUUUGGCUUUAAUCAGAAACUAAUUAUUGUGAUGAAAAGAGACUAAUCAUUACGGAUUAAGAUA